AUGAAAUUCCUUUCACUCGUCUCCCUUCUUCCUCUUCUUGUCACUGCGAACCCUUCACCAAAUCCCAAAGCGUACAACCCAUUCUUUCCACCUGGUGAUUCGUUGGAUACUACGUCAGAAGGAAUCACACCUAAUUUAGAAGCGAGACAUUCAAGUCCAAAAUGGUUUAUGGGAAUGAAUAAACCCAGAAACAAUGAUGAGGGCCAGAUAGUUAAUGCUGUCGAGGGAGAGGAGAAAGUGGAAAAGAGGAAUGUGAUUAGGAAAUUUGUGAAGAAUAGGAAAAGAGCAACGAAAUCUACUUGUUCACCUAAAACAGUAACUGUGACUGUCACCACUAGCGUUAUUGCUUCCACUUCACCUUCUUUCUCAGUUGCGAAAAGUAUGUCGACCUCGGCUUCUGCAUCUAAAAGCAGCUCAGCUAUUUCAUCGUUAUCUGCGUCAGCGUCAAAAACCUCUUCAAUGCCUUCAUCUUCCAAAGUUUCCUCUUCGACCUCAUCUUCAAUGUCUAAAGUAUCUUCAUCUAUUUCAGCUUCAGCUUCUAAGGUUUCUUCGGCAAUCUCAGCUUCCAAAGUUUCUUCUUCGAUUUCAGCUUCAAAGGCUUCCGCCUCCGUUUCAGCCUCAAAAGUUUCGUCUUCUGGCUCGGCUUCAACUUCCAGAUCAGCCUCCUCUGUUUCUGGCUUUUCCGCUUCCAAAUCUGCUUCUAAUGUCUCAUCAAGCGUUUCAAAGACCAGCUCCAUUCCAACCUCAAGUGCUGCAAAAUCUUCUACUUCAGCUUCAGCUUCAAAAGCUUCUUCAGCAGGUUCCAAUUCUGCCAAAGCUACUUUGAAUAGAUCUACCGCUGUCAUAUCAGCUAGCAAAUCAGCUUCAAGUAUCGCCGCUUCCAAGUCGAGUUCUGCGGUUUCCUCAAUUGUAAAGGCAUCUUCUACUUCCGUCAAACCUUCUUCAUCUGCUUCAAUUUCCAAAAUGUCAUCCUCAAUUUCUAAGAUCGCUUCCUCAACUUCCAAGGUCAACUCUUCAACUUCGAAAGCAUCAAGUGCUACUUCAAAAGUUUCGAGUGCUACUGUUACCACAUCCCGUUCAACCACUUCUACAACUUCCAAACCGUCAACUUCCACUACUACCUCUAAAUUGAGCAGUAGUGCAAGUUUGAGCAAGACGAGUUCAGGAAUUGUGACUUCGAGUAGAACAGGUGCGGUUAGUAGUUCUACCACCAAAGCGGCGUCAAGCACAUCAAAAGCAAGUAGCACCACCUCAAAAAUGGCUAGUAGUACCAGUAAAGCAGCGUCUUCUACUAGUAAAGCAGCUUCUUCUACUAGUAAAGCAGCUUCUUCUACUAGUAAAGCGAAUUCGUCGACUUCCAAGGCUAGCUCCACAACGUCGAAGAUAUCCAGUAGCACUUCGAAAGUUGCCUCAAGCACGAUCAAGACUUCUUCAUCCACCAGCAAAGCUGUUAGUUCGACCAGCAAGCCUGUCUCGAGCAGUACGAGUAAAGCCAGCACUAGUACUAGCAAAGCAGCGAGCAGCACGAGCAAGGCAAGCUCAUCCACAAGUAAGGCUGCUUCAUCUACGAGUAAGAUCAGCAGUUCAACCAGUAAAGCGAGUUCCACAACUACCAAAACCUCAUCUACGACCUCGAAACCAGUCUCUUCCAGUACCAGUAAAGUCUCAUCAACAACUUCCAAGGUUUCAUCUACAACAACUUCUUCCGCCGCAGCUGUCGCUACACCAAAGACCUUGUCCGUAGAUAGAGCUGGAGAUGGACCUUUCUACGGAUGGGGGACAUACUUUGAUACUGGUUUAGGUGCAUGUGGAUGGACCAAUCAACCUUCAGAUUAUAUAGUAGCUGUCUCAGCUCAAUUAUUCGAUAAUUGGCCUGGAUAUAAUGGAUUAAACCCCAACAAUAAUCCGAUCUGUGGUCAUCACAUGAAAUUGUCUUGGGGAGGCAAAUCGAUUGUAGCCCAAGUAGCCGACAGAUGUCCAGGAUGUUCUGAGAGAUCAUUAGAUUUAACGACAGGCGCAUAUGGAGCUUUGACGAGUAACAAUUGGGAUAUGGGUAUUAUGGCAAGUUAUAUAAAUGGUGCAGCUUAUAACUCUGAUCUAGAAUGGGAAUGGUUAGAUUAG